GCUGUCUCUGUUCCAGGGAGAAUAUCAACUCUGCACAGGGAGGAGAGGAUUAGCUCAACCACUCAUCUCAUCUGCAAUUACGUUCCCAGAGAACCACAUGAGCACCCAAGGCUGCACCUCUUUAGAAUAAAACCUGGCAUUCCUAUCACAGAGUUGCCACUUGAUCUACUGUCACUGCUGUGAGAAGAUUAAGGAGCAAUCUUUUUUUUUUCUCUCGCUCCUUUUAGAGUCUUUUAAAUUAUUUAAAGAUUCUUUCAUAUAAUUCAAAUGUACAAUCUUUAUUCAGUGAUGCUACAGUCUUUUUAAUUGGGACAAUGCAAGUAAUUUUGUUUAACUUAUACUUGCCCUGAACAUCAAGGAGUUAAACUGUCAUUUUUUGGGACGUUUCCAUCUGGUUCUCAUCCUCAUCUCGUGUGGGAGACUGCAGGUCCACAAUGCCAUCCAGAGAGUCCUACGACGUUCAAAAGAAAGAGAAGCCCUUGGUGCAAAAGGCCAAGCGAGAGGCCAAUCAGGAGGAUAUUUUGGCGGCAGCUCUGGGAAUGAGGAUGGGGCCACAGAAACCUUCAGCCACUUUUUGGCAACCACUUAAACUGUUAGCUUACUCACAGCUCACCUCAUUGGUUCGCAGAGCCUCACUAAAGGAAAGCGACUGGACGCCCAAAUCUGAGAAAGUCCACAACUUUAAGGUCCACACCUUUCGGGGGCCUCACUGGUGUGAACACUGUGCCAGAUUCAUGUGGGGACUGAUGGCCCAGGGGGUUAAAUGUGCAGAUUGCGGUUUGAAUGUGCACAAAGAGUGCUCAGCUCUGGUAGCCAAUGACUGCAAGCCAAACCUGAGACACAUCCGUAAGGUGUACAGCUGUGACCUGACAACCUUGGUGAAAGCUUAUAAUACAGCCCGACCCAUGGUGGUGGAUAUGUGCAUACGAGAAAUCGAAUCCAGAGGACUGAAGUCAGAGGGCCUGUACAGAAUAUCUGGAUUUAGUGAUUCAGUGGAAGAAGUCAAGAUGGGGUUUGACAAAGAUGGCGAGAAGACAGACAUCUCAGUAAAUGCCUAUGAAGACAUCAAUAUCAUCACCAGUGCACUGAAACUGUACCUCAGGGAUUUGCCAGUUCCUGUCAUCUCAUACGAUUCUUACCCAAGGUUCAUUGAUGCUGCAAAGCUCACAGACCCAGAGAAGAAGCUGGAAGCUUUCCGUGAGGCACUGGCGCUUCUGCCACCAUCACACAGGGAAACUCUCAAGUACCUCAUGGCUCAUUUAAAAAGAGUGACGCAGAAUGAGACGUUCAACCUGAUGACUGCAGAGAACCUCGGCAUCGUCUUUGGACCCACUCUCAUGCGUGCACCCAACCAAGACGCCAUAACAGCACUGAAUGACAUCCGUUACCAGAGACAAGUGGUGGAGGUGCUCAUUAAAAAUGAAGACGUGCUCUUCUAAACCAUCAUCAGGGCUUUUGUAGACCAGUUCUCUAACAAUUCUUUCAUCUAAAGACUUAAACAACUGUUUGUAUUACACUGGUUGAUAAUUUUUUAAAAUGCCUUGUGUAUAGACUAGUGCUGACCUAACAUCUGUCCACCCACUGUACUGGGUGGAAUGAUGAACCUUACACCUGUACAUAUUUUAUAUCUCCCCAUUUUUGUCGGGGCAUUUCAGAAGCUGACAGACCAGCCUGCAUGGUGCGAGGUCUUAGUUGCUAUGUAGUGGUAACCCAGCAUGUGUCAAGAUUGUGUAGCAUUGUGAUUUUUGCUUUUGUUUAUCUGAAGUAGACACUGUCCACAUUCCCAGCUGCCUGCUGUGCAGUUAUUUCUGUGAAACUUUGUAUAGCUGAUGUAAAAAUAAGCUACUAAUUUUUCUGGGGUAAUUUUUACAAUACUGUAUUUUUUUAUCCCGUCAAAUGUUUGUAAAUCAGCUGCAGUUCUUAGUUAAAUGAGCUUGUCCUCAUAAUUCGUAAACACUGGUGUAUUUUCCUGACAUUUUUAUUGUGUUAUAAACAGCAUCCUUUGUGAGAUUAAUUUUGUACUGUAAUGUUUUUGUACACAACUUGUGCAUGAUCAGUUUAAUUUAUUAAACCCUUCUUUGAGACAUCAA